AUGUUUUCACGAUUUACGAGACUUAGAUGUUAUUCAUCUUCUUCAUUUAAAACAGCAAUUGAUACUGCUGAAAAAUUAGUAUCACCUUCAUCAACUAAAUUUAAUGAUCCUUUCAGUAUAGUAAGUCAUGAAAUGUCAAAUUUAGCAAAAUCAAUUGCAAAUCUUAUAGGUUCUGGACAUCCUACUUUAAAUCGUGUAAGUUCAUAUUAUUUCGAAGCUGAAGGUAAAAAUGUUCGACCAUUAAUUGUAUUAUUAUUAAGUAAAGCAUUACUGAAAAUACCAAUUGAACAAAGAAAUAGAAUUUCAAUUGAUAAAUAUGAUGUUACCGAACAACUGCAUAUAAAGGGAACUCCAACAAAUAUUUCAUCAAUUGCAGGUAAAUCAGUUGAUGAUUCUCUAAGUCCAUUAGCUAUAUUACAUGGUAUAAAUCCAAAAGUUAUAUUAGAUCCAUUAAGUAAACCAAUGGAUAAAUUACCAGAAUUUGAUAUACUAAAUGGUAUAUUACCAAAACAAAGAAGAUUAGCAGAAAUUGUUGAAAUGAUACAUACUGCAAGUUUAUUACAUGAUGAUGUUAUUGAUUUAUCAGACUCAAGGAGAGGUAGACCAAGUGGGAAUAUAGCAUUUACAAAUAAAAUGGCAGUCUUAGCUGGUGAUUUUUUAUUAGGUAGAGCAUCAGUUGCAAUUUCAAGAUUAAGAAAUCCAGAAGUUAUAGAAUUAUUAUCUACAACCAUUGCAAAUUUAGUAGAAGGUGAAUUUAUGCAAUUGAAAAAUACAGUUAUAAAUGAAGUAGAUAAUGAAAUAAAUAAUGAUGGUGAAUCAAAAAGAAUACCUGAUCCAACUGGUAAAGUACCUACUAAACAACAUGAAUAUUCAGUUAAUUUAGUAAAUCAUGAUACAAAUGUGGAAGCAGCUUUUGAAUAUUAUUUACAUAAAACAUAUUUAAAAACUGCUCUGUUAAUGUCAAAAUCAUGUAGAGCAGCAGCAGUAUUAAGUGGAGCACAAGAUGAUAUAAUUGAGCAAAGUUAUCAAUUUGGUAGAAAUUUAGGAUUAUGUUUUCAAAUUGUUGAUGAUAUGUUGGAUUAUACCAGCUCCGACACUCAAUUUGGUAAACCAUCACAAGCUGAUUUAAAAUUAGGUUUAGCUACUGCUCCUAUAUUAUUUGCAUGGGAAAAAGAACCAAAAUUGGGUGAAUUAAUAGCAAGAAAAUUUAAUCAACCUGGAGAUGUUGAAAUUGCAAGAAAAUCUGUUGAAAAAUAUAAUGGUUUAGAAAAGACAAGAGAAAUGGCAACUGAUUAUUGUUUAAAAGCCUUGAAUAAUUUAAGAUUUUUACCUGAAUCAGACGCAAGAAGUGCAUUAGAAUUAUUAACAAAUUCAAUAUUAACAAGAACUAAAUAA